AUGAACAAAAUGCCCGUCGAAGAGACCUUGAGCCGGAUUGCGCAGGUGUUCCAUUCAGGGGACGCACUCGCCAUCAUCUGGAACAUCAUCCGCUGGGUCGCAUUCUUCUUCAAACUGGCCAGCCUCGCUUGCGCCAUUCCACUCAUCGGCCUCGUCGUCUUCGACUUCUUCCUCUGGAUCUGGAGAAUCAACCGACCGCCACCUCGAGACACACCCCAACCGAGUAGAAACCCGAGUAGAAGCCCGAGUGGACGCUUUAAGCAGCCAUUGCAUCACCCAGCGAACGGUUCAGGCUCCAGUUCUGCAACAACAUCGACCACCGACAACUCCACCAGCCAAAGACGGACGAUAUUCUCGACGGAGACGGACAAUUCAUGA